AAAUCAAAUCAAAUUAAAAUAAAAAAAUAUUACAGAUAAAUAAAAGCUCAGCGCACAACACAAAUAUAAAAUAGUAAAGAAUAUACAAAAUUUGUAUUAAACUUUGUAUUGAACUGCUAAAAGAUGGAAUAGUAGACUGAAGGUAAUAAUCUUCAUGAUGUCGUAUUUUAGUAAUAAAAUAUCAUAGAUGAUUUAGAAAAAAGAAUACGUUUAAUUGAAUUGAACAACAAAAAGAGAGUUAUUGAGCUGGAAAAUGAGCUCAAAAAUGAGUAAAGAAGAGCAACAGAAUUAGAAGAUGAGUUAAAGAAAAAUAUUCGUGAACAAAGUGAUUAUGAACAUAUUAAAUAAAUGAAUUUCGAUCUACAAAAUAAACUUACUGAACAUGAAAAUUUAAUUGUAGAACAAAGAUAAAAAGAACAUCAGCUAAAUAAAUAAAUUAGAUAGCUUAAAGAUUAAGUAAGUAAUAGUAAGGCUUUUGGAUCUCCUUAUGGCAGACAUGAACGUAAUUAAAACAGUUCAUCUCUUAAAAAAUAUAUUUCUCCUAAUUAACAUGACAACUGCAGAAACGUCUAAUGCUUUGAUGAAAGCAACUAGGUAGUUUAAAAUGGAGACAAUGAAGGAUAGUGCGAGUUUGACAAUAAAGAUUUGAUCAGAGCUAUUUUAGACCUUAAGCAGGAAAAAGAGGAUUUAAUUUAACACAUCGAAAAAAUCAAGGAAGCUUCAAUUGAUGCUAUCAUGGAAAAAGAAAAAAUUAUUAUGGAGUUAAAGGAAUAAAUAUUUUAUAAAGAUGACAUUGAUGGAGUUUCAUUGAAAUUAGAUUAAAUGAUUCAAGAAAAAGAAGAAUGGUAAAGAAUGCAUGAAUCAUCUAUUGAAAAUUAUGAAAGAACUAUUCAGGAAUUACAACAUAAAAUUGAAUUCGAAUAGAGAUUAUUUGAAGAGCGCAUUCUCAAUAUUGAAACUGAGAUCAAUGAGAGAGUAAUUUAACGCUUCUAAUAAAAUUUAGAUUCUGCUAAAGACGUUGAAAAUAAUUUAAUUCAAUAAAUUAAAAUCACUGAAGAGCGUCUCAAGAUGUGCGAUAAAACUAUUUCUGAUUAAUAGAAGGUAAUUUCUAAUAAUAAAGAGUAAUUAAGCUAAUACGUAGAAGAAAUAAAUAGUCUCAAGUCUUCUCUGGCUCAAUCUAAAACAUUUAAAGAAAAAAUAUCACAACUUGAGAAGGAAUUGUCAACAUUAGAAAAAAAUUCUCGUAAAGAAAUAGAGUAAAAGCAAGAACAAAUUGAGAAACUCUCACGUAGAAACAAUGAACUUCUCAAGAAUUUCAUAAAUUUUGAAACAGAAAACAAAAGAUUAAAUGAAUAAAUAGAAAAUCUAAAUGAUAACUUGUAGAAAAUGUAGACAGAUUAUGAAAGUCUAUAGAUUAAAUAUGAAGAAGCAACAGUGAAUUACGAAAGAGAUUUGUCUAUCUAGCAAUAGCACUUCAAUGAAGAAAAAAAGAAUUUACUUUAGGAAUUGAAUGAUUAAAAGGCAGGUUAUAAAAACCGCUAAUCAUGUCUUAAGAGCGAUAUUGGUUAUGAUGAGUUCAGCUCAUGUUUCGACUCUCCUCAAAUAAGCAGUAAAAAAAGAUCUUCCUAAAAACAAUAACCUACUUAUAUCGCUUUCCGUAAAAACUCUGAAGAUAGCAAUUAAGCUGAGAAUAAUUCUUCUUAAGAAAAUUUAGAUUCAGAUGAAGAAAAUGAUUUCCUCCAACAAUUAGAUAAUUAGACUUAAGAGAGUAGAUCAAAUCAAAGAAGAAAAUCAAGCGACUACAUGAAAACACCUGAGUGUGAUUUUUCUUUGAGAUAGGAAUAACCUUUGCUAAGAGAUAUAACUACUAGUGUCAAUAAUAAUAAAUUUGUUAAUUUCCAUGCCUUAAAUCAAUCUCUCCCUCAAAAGCCCUCUCAAAAGAAUUGUAUCAAGCUUUAGCCUUUAGCUCAAUAGACCCAUUAAGCAAAUUCUAACAUCUAAGAUAAAGAAAAUAACAUAUAACUAAUUGCUCCCCUCAAACAAGAAAUCGAUCACCUUAAAAAUGUUAAUGAAAAGUUGUAAGCAGCCUCAGAAAGUUAUGAAAAUGAAAUUAUGAAAUUAUAAAACGAGUUAAAAACUGCUUACAAGUAAAUGCAAGAAUGCAGAAAAUCCUUGGCUGAUAAUAUCAAUGUAAACAAGGAAAAAGAAUCUUCCCUCAAAUGUGAAAUAGAAAGUUUAAAAACUCACAUUUACAAAAUAGAAACUCACAUGGUAACUUAUAAGCUUCAAUACGAAGAAGACAGCAGUUACUUAAAAGAAGAGUUGAAAAUAGCUGAAAAGAUAGCAGCCGAAUCAAAAGUAAAAUUGGCUCAAAUCAUGCAAGACAAAGACUACUUCUAAUAGUAAUAUAAAGUAAUACUUGCAAAAUACAAGUAAAAAAAGAAUUAAGAGUCUUAAAGUCAUUCAUUCCUCAGGUAAAAUGACUAUUAUUCAACUAGUGAUACAUAGAACAAUUUCAUAGUUUUUUGA